AUGGCCACAGCGCAGGUGAGGGGGCAGCAUGGCCCAGCCCGGGCCUCCAGCCCCGCCUCCAGCCCCCAAAAAUCCCCCGUGGGCGUCAUGGCUCCCAGCAGUGGUGCUGAGGGACAACCCUUGACCAGGAGGAGAAGCAAGAGGGAGAGGGGGCUCCAAGGGUCCCGGAAAGGCGCUGACAGUUCUGGGAAGCAGACCCCCAUCCAGUGCCCUGAGGCCUCAGGGGGCAGCAAGAGCCCCUCGAGGACAGGAGGACAGGAGGAGCCAGCCCCUGCAGCCCCCAGGUCGGCCUCUCGUCGCCAGUCCCACCGGCAUCGUCCUGCCCCCUGGCAGGAUGCUGCUCAGAAGACAUAUGGGCCCCUGCUCAACCACAUCUUCGGGAAGGACCGAGAGCUGGGCCCCGAGGAGCUGGACGAGCUGCAGGCCGCCUUCGAGGAGUUUGACACUGACCGUGACGGCUACAUUGGCUACCGGGAUCUGGGCACCUGCAUGCGGACGCUGGGCUACAUGCCCACGGAGAUGGAGCUCAUUGAGGUCUCCCAGCACGUCAAGAUGCGAAUGGGUGGCCGUGUGGACUUCGAGGAGUUUGUGGAACUGAUGGCCCCGAAGCUGAGGGAGGAGACGGCACACAUGCUGGGGGUGCGGGAGCUGCGCAUCGCCUUCCGAGAGUUUGACAGGGACAGGGAUGGACGAAUCACAGUGGCAGAGCUGCGACAGGCCGCACCGGCUCUGCUGGGGGAGCCGCUGGCGGAUCCUGAGGUGGAGGAGAUGCUCCGAAAUGUAGACCUCAAUGGGGACGGCACCGUGGACUUCGAUGAGUUUGUGAUGAUGCUUUUCACCCACUGA